AUGGGGGGCGUUGUUGCUGUUGCAAGUAGCGAGAGGCUUUUGUCUCUUGAACAAGUGCUACGGCGGGAUUUUAAAGGGGAUCUCCAGUAUCAUGAAGUCCAUCAAGUGGAGACGCUAUCACCUCCAGCCAAAGUUGGCCCUGUUUUUAAGGGUGAUGUCCCUCCUGUCGAGGUGGGGGUCAGGGCUACUUCUCCAGUCAGGGGAUCAAUUGUGGUUAGCGACCAAGUUGUCUCCCGACAUCGAUCUGUUGCUGCAGAUUCCGCUCUUGAGGAAGAUAUCGACGGCAAUACUAUUAGUCGGCGUUUGCGUCGGAAACACAACGUCGAUCCCCUGCUCGCUAAGUCACCCAUUGUUAUUGAGAUUGUUGAUGGUGAUGAAACGCAAGCAAUGGAGACGACGGGUUUACGUUGGCUGGGAGAACCGGGCGUUGAGGGCACUCUCUCCAUCCCACCCUUGGUUUCAGGUGAUGCCCCGUCGGUGGCGGGUUCCCUUGUAUUGGAACUUGGUCCCGCCCGUGAGUGGUGCCGACAUGCGUUUCCUCCGGCUACCCUAGAGGCCCUCGAUGAUAUUUCUUAUUCUCACAUGGCGAACGAUCUUCAAUAUGCCGCUACUCAGUUUUCUCCUUACUUGGUGGCGGCUGCUGGUCAUCUUCGUUACAUAGGGGCCAAUUUAACGGAGUUCGCUGUCGUUAAAUCAGAGCAUGAUGAGCUUAUGCAAAAGGUUUAG